UGAUUGUCGCUAUCUGUCACUAAUUCACGGCAAGUUCUUUCUUUUUAUUCGCACGAUCCCUUGUCCAAAAAGAAUUAAACUUGUGCGAAAAAAUUGUGCUUCAGCAUCUGUUUCGAGAAUUAGUGUAAAGUAAAACUAGUUGCGAACUUAGAUAAUCUAACGAACAUUGGUCUGAAAGCUGCACAAUGGACAUUUAGCAUAUCGCUUUGCUGAUUUCGGAAAAAAAACACGCCGACUACUAUCGAGGGGAAAAAGGAUAAAAAUAUAGUAUUUUCUGCAAUCUUUUUAAAAUUUACUUGCGUGUGAGUGUGUUCAGCCAUCGAAAAAAAGUACUGUCAAAAUUUCAUCAGGAACUUGAGUUAGCCGAUUGGAGGUGUUUUCGGUUUGUUUUGACCGAAUUUGGAUUUCAUCCGGUAGGAUUUGAAGUUGGUUCCUGAAAUAAUCGCUUCGGUGCCAUGGACGCGAUGGUGGAAAACUCGUCAAAUACGGCGUCUCGUUUUUACUGCCACUCUUGCACGGUAGAAAUCGAUCGGGUAUCGUCGGAUUUCACCUGUCCGCACUGUCUGGAUGGAUUCGUAGAGGAACUUCCGGCAGCCGAACGAAACACAAACCCGCCCUCGCCACCACCUGCACCCUCUGAUUCUGAUUCCAACCAGAGUGAUUUUUUGAACUCCCACACCAUGCGAUUAGGCGAAAUUUUCAGCAACAGCAUUCUGUCGCCUUUACUAAUGUCGGCUGGAGGCGCAGGAGAUCCUCGUGCGAGCGAUUCGGAUGGGAUUGCUUCGUUGAACGAUGAUGCUGGUGACUCCGGAGCCGGAGGAAACAAUGGGGGUCCAUAUUCAAUGAGAGUACUCGGAAGACACCGUAACCGACGUCGGGGAGUACAAAACAUCAACAACCUAGAUAUCAUAUUGCGGGAAAUUCUGAUGUCAGUAGCAGAUGGGGCUAACGGCGGUGCCGGCGGAACAUCUAUGUUUUUCAUGGGUAACCCGGGAGACUAUGCCUGGGGCCGGGAGGGACUAGAUACCAUUGUAACACAGUUGCUCAAUCAAAUGGACAACACAGGACCUCCGCCGCUUGAGAAGGAGAAGAUAGCAGAGAUCCCAAAAGUAACGAUCACUAGCGAACAGGUGGAGAUGAAGUUGCAGUGCUCGGUCUGCUGGGAAGAUUUUCAGAUCGACGAGGUCGUUCGGAAGUUAUCCUGUGCUCAUGUUUACCACGAAACCUGUAUCAUUCCUUGGCUUGAAUUGCACGGAACCUGUCCCAUUUGUAGGAAAAGUUUAGCACCGGAACAGCAACCGGAUGAACAGCGUGGACUAGCAGCUGCCGCAAAUGCCGUAGCCAAUACGUUACGGUCUCUGCACUCAGAUGCGUUCCCAGGCGCUGCUAGCCAACUUUCCGCUUCGUCCUCGGCUGAAGGAGACGGACCGUCAGCAUCUAGUCUACUGAUGACUCUAGGCCAGCCGAUGUUUCCUUUACGAGGUGGCAAUCCAUCCCAGCCGAGGCCAUCGGGAUCCCGUUCCUCAUCGACAUUGUCGAGUGCGCAACAACAGCAUCCGGCAGCAUCGACGACGACGCCAGCAACACCUGGAACCGAUACUGCCACGUCUACGAGUAACGGGAUCGAAGGUAACGACAGCAGUAGUGGCACUAACCGAUAUCGCUAUGAUGACGGAAACAUUGACUAUGAAUUUGACUAAUGCGCAUUAUACUCGAACGCAUUCAUUGUCUGGGAGUGUUACAUAGAUAUUCGAAGGGCGCUUUGUACCAAAAUAUUGUUCCAAGGUUUUUCGCUUAUUUUUUCUUUGUUUGACACAACUAUUGGAGGUCACCCGAAAAACCCGAGCUUAUGUUAAUUAAUUUACCCGCUAAUAAUUAUGUUGAUUUUUGCAGUGGCGCUACUAGUGUACAAUAUAUGUUAUACACUUCUUGUAUAAAUAGGAUUAAACGCCAGAAAUAUUGGGAAUGUUUUGUAUGCACUAGUGAUUUUCGUAACAACUAAAAUAUCUAAGACACACACACUCAAAAAAAGUUUCCUUGUUCCGUUUUUUUCCUGCUCUAGCAUAAUCAAUUUCCUAUAGUUUUAUGACUCUUUAAAAAAAAUACACUCUAAGAAGCAAUGUAAAAUUCGCAUAUAGAAAGCAAAUCGGUAGUGAAGAAAUAAAAUAGAUACGCUGGUGAGUGCUGAGAAUUAAACGAAUGAAGCAACAGAUUGCAAAGAUAAAUUAAAUAGAACGAAGCUAAUCGACUGUGAGCGAAAAAAUUACUUCUCACCCAUCAGGAAGAUUAAACAUUCUAACUUCAAACAUGUUUAAUCAAUCUAUUAGAAUUGUUGGCGGAAGAUGCGUAAAACAGAUAAACAAUAGGUAGAACACUGCACGUCACUCAAAUCUAACCAAUAAAUAAUAUCUGACAGUAAACAAAGAACCAUUCUUGCUUCAAUACAACGUUCGUCACACAAAGCGAUUGGGAAAAGGCAAGGAACAAAUUGGACAGCUCACGAGACCGUAUAAAUGAACAGUGCUGUUAACCCUCGUAUUGAUGCUAAAUGAAUUAAAUUUAUUUAUAACUAUAUUAUCGCUUUAAUUUACGAAGAUUGUAUCAACAAAAAAAGCAACCCGUCGCCAACCAUCAAAAUCCAACAUAGGCGGCCAACAAGCAGCAGGUACAAGCGAGUAAAUAUCUACUUUAAAAUGUACGAGCCAAACACAAAAAAUACAAGGUAAACGCGCUAAAAUUCAUAUUUUUAUCGUUAUAUCAUGAGUUAUAGAAAUCAACAGUUUUGAGGACGAGUUCUUGCAGGAAACAAGCGGUGAAUAAAUAAAAAUCAUGAAAAAUU